GUGAUAAGGUGAUGUCAUGUGUUUGUGUAUGUCUAUGCUCUGGCGCGGCACUUCUACUCUCAUACUUGAGCUGAACUGAGCAGAUUUAAUAAGAAUGUCAGGAACCGUGCUAGAAAACCUGAGUAAUCGAAAACUAGGCGUUCUGACAGUGUCACUGCUUCUGGCACAAAUGGUUUUCUUUUUGAUUGGAGGGCUGAUUGCUCCAGCCCCAAACAAUGUGCAGGUUCUGCUGGCGACAAAGUGUGUAGAUGAAGGUUCCAGUGCAUUAACGCAGCAGAGAAAAUGGUUUUACCCACGCGGAGAGGGAAACUGUAAUCGUGUGUCUACGCUGGAUGACCCGUACAUCAUAGACAACCACAUCACCGCGGACCAUAUUGUCUUCUCACUGCAGUUUCCCAAUCCCAUGGAGGGGACUAGAGAGCCAGACAUGGUGCGUUGGUUUCAGUACAUGGUGGGAGUGAUGAUGCUGGACAUUGCCUACCAGAAGCACAACCCAAUGAUAGAGAAACCGCUCUUAGGGCUGGAUCUGCGUCUGGGGUACCGCGACAUCGGUGACAAACCAGGUGACUGGAAGGAGCUGGCACAUGCGUCGGAGACUCGUACAAUGGACUGCAGCCUGGAUGAACAGUUUAAGGAAGAUGGCUACAACUACAACUGUUCGAUGUUGCCACUGUACGAGUACGGCGCUGUGCAUCACAACUUCUACCUCAUCAACAUUCGUCUGCCGAUCACCGGUGUGACCGACAACAAAAACUAUGGCAUCGGCACACUAAAAGACAUCUGGGUCAUCGUCAUCCACCAAAAUGGUGGUUUUACAAAGGUUUGGUAUAGCACGAAGACAGUGGUGACACCUAUACUCAUUGGCAUCAUCAUUUGGUUCUGGAGGAGGGUCAAGCAGUUGCCACGCCCACCAGUCCUCCUGGAGAAAAUGUUACUUGGUUUGGGCGUAGUGUUGGUGAUUAAUAACAUCCCUAUCGAGUGGCUGACAUUAUGGAUGGAGCUGCCAUUCAUGCUGUUGCUAAGCGACAUCAAGCAGGGCGUGUUCUUCAGUUUGCUGCUCUGCUUCUGGAUCAUAUUUGCUGGCGAACAUUUAAUGGAUGACGUGGAGCGGAACAGACUUGUUGCUUACUGGAAGCAUCUCGCUGCCGUGAUGUUCGGCUGCCUGUGCAUGUUCAUCUUCGACAUGUGUGAAAGGGGUGUACAACUUCGUAAUCCAUUCUACAGCAUCUGGGCAACUGAUCUUGGCACAAAUCUUGCGUAUUCCUUCAUAAUUAUAGCAGGCAUAUGUGCCUGCCUCUACUUCAUUCUGCUCUGUUGGAUGGUCUUUAAGGUGUUCAGGAACAUAACGUUCAAGCGAGGCUCUCUUCCCAGCAUGCCUAGCAAGAGACGGGCGUAUUACGAGGGAAUCAUCUACCGGUUCAAGUUCCUGAUGUUGAUCACAUUGCUCUGCGCCGCUCUCACGGUGAUCUUUUUCAUCGUCAGCCAAGUUGCUGAAGGUCACUGGAAGUGGGGAGAAGACCUGUCGGAGGAGAGGAGCAAGCUGGAGUACACGAGCGCUUUCUACGUGGGAGCCUACGGCAUGUGGAAUGUUUACGUGUUCGCGCUCCUCUGUCUGUACGCGCCGUCACACAAAUAUGGCGCUCCAGCCCUAAUCGUGGAUGGAGAUGGAGAAGGGGAGGAGAUCGCCACCAAUGAAGAGAUCGAGUUUAGUCGUCUGCCAUCCGAGGUAUCUCAGCUGACAGCAUUCGUUAAGAAAACUGCAGCGGACUAAUUACCGAUUUACGGACAAGAAUUUAACUGCAGCACAGUGCUGACGUGGCCAAGUGAGGUCUUAAUCUGCUUCCAGUGAGUUUUCUGUGAAAAAAAUGUUGAAAGUGCCACAGUGCACAUGGAUCAGGAUUAGUAUUAGAGCAGGAACAACAGCUUGUCGACGUAUACUGAAGUGGAUGUGCAGUUAAUGUGUAGUCAGUUGUUGUGCAAGUCCUCGUCAGCAUCUCAAUGAUAGGAAUAUCAGAAGUGAGGCCCCGAUAAUGUAUUGCAUUCAGCAAGAGAUGUCUUUUAUUGAUCAUUUCUUUGUGUAUUUGUGGCAGCUCUGAAGCGUAAUCAGCAGCAUAUAAGUGGUAAUUAUGUCUGAUGAAAAAAUCUCCACACGUUUUGAAUGUAUUUCUUUUCUCGUACUUUUAGCCUACCUCUCUGCAUUUGUUUGAGUCGAUACAUCUCCAUAUGCAAAACUGUGCAGACUGUAUUACAUUCCUCGUAGCAGUAUUUAUUGUUUAUCAACUAUUUAUCGAAUUGUAAUAGGUUUCCUAAAGCUUAGGUAGGAUAUUUUUGAUUGUUCGAACAGGAGCAAUCUCACUGUGCUAUACAUACAACUGUUAUAUGUGAGCAUUCAAAACUAACUUGGAUUUCAGUAGUUUUGCAUCUUAUACUAUCAAAUGCUGAGGGUGGUCAUGGUUGACUAUAAAAUCUCUAUAAAGGAUAAAUCGUAGAUGUGACAGCUAUAUUUAUUAAGUCUGAAACACUUGAAGAAUGUGUUGCAAGACAGAAUGCCAAUAGUAGAUGCCAAAAUACCUGUGCCUAUAUAGUUUAUGCAGCAACUCAAGGAGCAAUAAUACUAUGGCAGUUGAAUGAAUAAGAUUUAUACUCUAUUGCAUGAUUAGUGCUGAAGAAAAUAUGUAAAUGUAUGAAUUAGAUAGCAAUACUAAUGUUUGCCAGAAUAACAUUUAAUGUUUAAUUAAUGACAGCUAUAUAUAUUUUGCUAAUAUCCUUGUGUAAAGUAAGUGGUUCCGUCAAGAAUAUGUGUAGGCGAGUCAUUUCUGCUAUUCAUAUGCAAAUGCAUGCAAUUGUUUAAGUCUAUUCUAUCGUUUACUGUCCUAUGUUAAGAGUGGUGUAAAUCCCAUUGCAGGACAAAGUGUAGUCAGUUUAAAUCAUGUACUAUGAAACUUGUCUUAAUAAUUAUGCUUCAUCGUCCGUUGAUUGAUUGAUUGAUUACUGUGAGGAGGAAGCCAUGGGCACACCUGUAUCGGACAUUGUUUAUCACACAUGCUUUAUCAACCAUCUAUAUGUAAAUUAAUUGCAUGUUCGUGUAUAUUGUAACAUGUGCAAAAAGCUAGUGCGUAUGUCACCACCAUUAGGGAACUGUCUGACUCAUUGUACAAGGCAAUAAGGCAGCUAUUGCUUUUCUUACUAUAUUAUAAACAUAGUCAGCUAUUUGUAGAACCUGUAA